UAUGAUCCGAGUCAAACUGUUCUACUACAUAAUAUGACGUCACAUAAACGCGCCCGUCAGAUAGACAAACUUGGAGCAUGGGACACCUUGGUGCCACAAUCGUACUGAUUCAUAUUUUAUUUUGGACCAUUUGCAGUGGGAAGAGACCGUGCACAGGAUUCAUCUGUACAGAUGGACGGUGCAUUGCUCUAAGUUCAAUGUGUGAUGGCCACGCUGACUGUAGCGAUGGCUCAGAUGAGCUCCCAGUUACUUGUGGUUUGCCCAAGUGCAAGCGGGAUGAGUAUGCCUGCGCCAACCGGCGCUGUGUGUCCUCUGUCUUCCUCUGUGACAAGAUGGAUGACUGUGGCGAUGGGAGCGACGAGGCCUCCUGUGAGCCAGACCGUGCCCGCCCAACGAUCCCCAGCGCCCCCUCGCCUCACGCCUUUUGCGCCCCAUCGGAGUUCAGGUGUGGGGAUGGAGAGUGCAUCACACACGCCUUCAGGUGUGAUCACUCGGAGGACUGCACAGAUGGGAGUGACGAGCAAGACUGUGAUAAGAACGAGUGUCUGGAGAACAACGGGGGCUGCUCUCACCUGUGUGUGGACCAGCCCAUGGGCGUCCUGUGUGACUGCCCCCCUGGCUGGAUGCUGUUGGGGGACACUCAGUGUGAGGAAAUUGAUGAGUGCCUUAGCAACGAUGUCUGCAGUCAGAUUUGUGUCCAUGCCAAUGGCACCUUGACCUGUGAGUGUCAUAAAGGAUACGUUAAGGGUCCUCGCAUGGAAGAAUGCACAGCCAUCGGGGACCGGGCUGUGAUUGCAUUCACCAGCUCAACAGGCCUACGUUCCGUUGACACCUCGGGUCAGGAGUACCGUCAGGUUACCGCAUCUUCCACCACACCAAGCCCAGUGGCAGCGCUCGUUGCAAACCGGACCCUCUACUGGGCUGGUUCCGAGCAAGGCACCAUCUACAGGACGUCAUUGGAAGGAAAUGCACACAAGUCUGUGUUGCUGUUGAGGAGCCACGGCACCAUUCUGGGUUUGGCUGUGGACUGGAUCCACCAUCUGCUGUACUGGACCAACACCAACACACAUUCCGUUAAUGUGGCCUCUCUGGACGGGUCCCAGCGGCGCCUGUUGGUGGGGGGCCUGUCCAAACCCACUGGGGUAGCAGUGGAGCCCCUGGAGGGGCUGCUGUUCUGGGCUGACGCUGGCACCACACCCAGGAUUGAGCGGGCAUCACUGGAUGGACGUGGGAGGACAACACUGGUCACCUCCGCAUUGCAAAGCCCAGUGGCCAUUGCCGUAGACCUUCCGCGUAAGCUCCUUUAUUGGGCCGACGCUGGAAGGCGCUCGGUUUCGCGAAUCAGCUUCAACGGCCAGCAGCGCAAGACCGUGCUGGAGUCCAACGGCUACCUGGACCGGCCGUUUGGACUGGCCGUAUUUGAGGGGCAUGUGUUCUGGUCUGACCAGGCCAGUGGCGCUCUGUGCCGUGCCAGCAAGCAUAACGGCAGCUCUGCUCUGGUGCUCCUGGGCCAGGUGGCCUCGCCGGGAGGGCUAGCCGUGGUACACCCCGUCCUGCAGCCACACGGUCAGGCAGUGUGCGGCUUCCCAGGAAGGGUGUGUCCCUCUGGGUGUAUGCCAGAACUCUUCUCUGAGACAGCACUGCCUCGGUUUACCUGUUUGACGCCUACAGAACAUCCUGGGAGUCUAUCGUACCACCCUAGGCUGACUUCAGACCUCUCUGAGGCCAGCUUUACAUGGAUAGUGUCACUCAUUGUGCUGCUCAGCCUGCUGCUGGUGGGGCUGCUGCUGUGGUGGUGGAGGGUGGAGCUGAGCUCCACCUGCGGCCCCAGCCUCCACGCCGAUGACUCCCUCAGAGAGUCCUGCGACCCUCUCAUGCCCGCCGCUGCCCCCCUUGAUGGCCAUCUUCUCAAGGUGACUGCUUAAGCUGGCGGGGGUGACGGACGGCGCUCGUGUGAGGACACCAGGGCGGUUGAUCUUGUCAAACUGUCCUGUCCUGUUUUCACUUGUUCCAAAGGCUUCCACGUUCCUGUGCUGCUAUGAGGCGGGGCAGCACUGGCUGAUGGUGCUGGCUCCCUGCACUGCCUGUAAAUCCUGCAGAUGAGGUUUGGCGGGAGGGGAGGGGCGAGGUUGGAGUGCAGGGUUAAAUGGAGAUUUAGAGCAGGUAAUUUAACUCAGUCACAGUGUUUUAUCAGCAGAUGAAUUGCUCCCGAUCUCCACCUGAUCACUCCUUCAUUUAACUGGUUGUUGUGCCUUUAGUCUAAGAUCACUGUCCACAAAAAAAAUAAUUUAGAUAGUGGUGUGGUGUGACGGUACCCCAUAGAAGUAUUUUUUUUCUCUCUGUGUGUUUUGUUUUUGUUUUUUUCCGAAAACUUUCCAGAAAGUAAUGACAGUGAAGAGCACCCUUUUGGUACGAGAGAACACAAGUAGUUGGCUUCAUUGUUAAUGGUGUAGCUGUUGGAACGCACAACAGUGAUAUGACAUUUUCAUUACCAGAAAAUCAUAUCACAAGCUUUGAAGAAAAAUUGUAAUUGCCAUAAAAGGCAAACGAAUAUGAGUCACCCUAUGCACAUGCUUGAGUGACUUCCUGAUUUAAGGAUUUAUCAAGCUUGAACCAAGAUGCCUAUUACUGUAACUUGUCCACAAUGUAAAGUUAUGCUUUAACCUAAGGAGUUUAGGCUUGUUUUCUCAGUAUUUGGACACACAUUGUUGCCAGCCUUAACUACCCUCAAAUGUGUAUCUCUGGCACUGUAAACUUGAUAUCUAUACGAGUUCUCCUGUUCAGAUAUUCUGAAUGGCUUAAUAGCUGGAUGGUUGAAAUUAUUUGUCAUCAGUAGGAUUUUUUAAAUUAUUUUGAAUACAGGUGUGAAUACUGUACUACCUGCUGGGAAGAGUUAUGAGCAAUGAUUGUACAUUAGGUAGAGCUAGCGCAUAAUUUGCACUUUCUUUUUUUCUGUUGGUGAUUUCUACUUUCCUUUGGUUGUUAUAAAUUCCCAAAUGGAGAAUAAAUCUGUAAUAUUGUAAAACUCCAUGGUGCAAAAAAUGUUACCCAGUCUUAAGACAUUAAGGCACAAGUCAGUGUUUUAUUAUCUUUGUUUGAAAAUCAUUUUCUUUAUUGCUGAGAUUUUGCAGCCUUGGUAAACAUUAUAUCCCUUGGGAUGUAUGAGUGAUGCAGUGGAAAUUGUGAGAUGUCAGCUUGGAACCUCCAGAAUAGAUUACAAUAUGGGUUUCAUUUGUUAAUUGAGUUAAUAUUUAUUGUUAUAGCACUGUUUUGAUCAAAGAUUCAAUAGUUUUUGUUUGUUAAAAAGUUCUCAAUAUCAGGAUGUCAAUGGAAGCAAUUGUGCUGUAGUGAUUGAAUGAAAUAAACUGUUGAGAAUUC